GCGGGGACUGAAAAGGACGCGGGCGGGGAGCGGCGAGCGGCAGCUCGGCCAUGAGGGCAGCGCUCGCCCCCGGUGUCCGCCUGCUCCGCGCCCUCCCCCGGGACAGCCGGUACCGGGGACUGACGCUGGUGCUGACCUUCCUCAGCUACACCAGCUACCACCUCUCCAGGAAACCCAUCAGCAUCGUCAAGAGCCAACUGCACCCCAACUGCUCAGCCUUGGGCCCAAACCCCCACAACAACUCCAACAGCAGCACGUGGUGCAGCUGGGCACCCUUUGAUGGGGGUAACUACAAUGAGCUUUUUGGGGCACUGGAUAAUGCCUUCCUGGUGGCUUAUGCCAUCGGGAUGUUUAUCAGUGGCAUUUUCGGGGAGCGCCUUCCCCUGCGCUAUUACCUGUCAGGGGGGAUGGUGCUGAGUGGGCUCUUCACUGCACUCUUCGGCCUUGGCUACUUCUGGAACAUCCACGUCCUCUGGUACUUCAUUGUCAUCCAGGUCUGCAACGGGCUGGUGCAGACGACUGGGUGGCCCUCUGUCGUGACAUGUGUUGGAAACUGGUUUGGGAAGGGCAAGCGAGGUUUGAUUAUGGGUGUCUGGAACUCGCACACCUCCGUCGGCAACAUCUUAGGGUCGCUCAUCGCCGGUGUCUGGGUCUCCUCCUCCUGGGGCCUGUCCUUCAUCGUGCCUGGCAUCAUCAUCGCUGCCAUGGGCAUCAUCUGCUUCUUCUUCCUGGUAGAGUAUCCCGAGGACGUUGGCUGCAGUCCCCCUCUGCAUCAUAUGGCCUCUGACGAGGAGGAGGGUGCUGGAGGAGUGACCACCAGUGAGAAGGACCCUGAAGUGGUCACCCCCAACGAUGGGCCACUGAGCAUCUCUGGCCAGAGCAACUCCCAUCACUCCAACAGCUCCAAGGAGUCAGCCGAGGAGCCUGAAGCCAUCAGCUUCCUCGGGGCACUCCGGAUCCCUGGUGUGGUGGAGUUCUCUCUCUGCCUGCUCUUUGCCAAGCUGGUGAGCUACACUUUCCUCUACUGGCUGCCCCUCUACAUUGUGAACAUUGCUCAUUUCAGUGCCAAGGAAGCCGGGGACCUGUCGACCCUCUUUGACGCCGGGGGCAUUUUUGGGGGGAUCUUUGCUGGCCUCAUCUCUGACUACACCAGUGGCAGGGCCACCACGUGCUGUGUGAUGCUGGUCAUUGCUGCUCCCAUGCUGUUCCUGUAUAACCACGUGGGCCAGAACGGCAUUGGCACAUCAACAGCGAUGCUGGUCGUGUGCGGCGCUCUGGUUAACGGGCCCUAUGCUCUCAUCACCACAGCAGUUUCAGCAGAUUUGGGAACCCACGAGUCUCUCAAAGGCAACGCCAAAGCCCUUUCUACGGUCACAGCCAUCAUUGAUGGCACAGGAUCCGUAGGUGCUGCAUUAGGGCCGCUGCUCGCAGGGCUCAUCUCCCCCACGGGCUGGAAUAAUGUCUUCUACAUGUUGAUAGCAGCUGAUGUCUUGGCUUGCCUGCUCCUCACUCGUGUGGUGGUCAAAGAAGUCCGUGGCUGGUGUGGCUACAUGGCAAGGAAGAGAGGCUCUAGUGUGCAGCUAACAGAGUCAGUGCUGGACGGGAGGUAGCUCAGUGUGACAGAGCAAUAGUCUGGGCCUUGCCCUGUGGUACAAGGAGUUCUGAUGUGUCCUCCCUGGAGUCACCCUGCGCCCAGAGGCCCGGAGGGAGGAGAGAGGCUGGGGGAGGGCCGGGAGCGGCUGCACAGCCUCAGGCCAUGGCCCCCAGGGGCUCCUGCUGCCACCCAGGGUUUGCUGCUGGGGCUCCUGCUGCCACCCAGGGUUUGCUUCGGAGGGAGGCAGCGUGAGGAGCAGGCCCAAGGCCCUGGCCAACCCCUUUUCCAGGAGGAUUCUCCACUGUUGGCCAUUGUAUUAAUAAAGCCAGCGCUACCGCUCCCUGCCCGUUCCUGGGGGGUGGUGAGCGUGCCCUGCCUGCUUUUCUCCA